GCAGCAGGGACUGCGAUGGUAGGAAUACUAGCUUCGCGUUCUGUUUGGUGGGAGCCCUUUCGCCCUCCGUACUCCCUCUGAGGAGGACGGGCUAAAAUGGCGGCGGGAGGGGAAGUUUUGAGCGGAAGUGGCCUUGGGAUUUCAGUAAUCUGAGACGACUAUUGAGGAACGUAUAUUCAAGAAAGCUGAUUUUACAUCAAAGUUUGUAGAUGAAAUUCAGACACUUAUUUUCUGAAGUGGAUACAAGCCCUACUAGCCAGCUUACAUGUGUAGAUCAUUGCGUUACUGUGUUAGCCAUUGUCUCUAUGCAGCAAUGACAAGACUGGAAGAAGCAAACCAAGAAGUGAACAUGCACUCCUCUGUCCGAUAUCUGGGCUAUUUAGCCAGAAUUAAUUUAUUGGUUGCAAUAUGUAUGGGCCUUUAUGUGAGGUGGGAGAAGACUGCGGAUGCAUUAAUACUUGUAAUAUUUAUCCUGGGACUUUUUGUUCUUGGGAUUGCCAGUAUACUUUAUUACUAUUUUUCAAUGGAAGCAGCAAGUUUAAGUCUCUCUAAUCUUUGGUUUGGAUUUUUAAUUGGCCUUCUUUGUUUUCUUGAUAAUGAUUCUUUUAAAAAUGAUGUGAAGGAAGAGGCAACCAAAUAUUUGCUACUUUCCUCAAUAAUUAUAAGAAUAUUAUACGCAUUGGUGCAAAGAAUAUGUGGCUGCAUUCAUCAUCGACCCACAUUGCUGACAACGGUUGAAUUUCUUGAGCUUGUUGGAUUUGCAAUCGCCAGCACUACUAUGUUAGUAGAAAAAUCCAUGAGCAUUAUCUUACUGGUUGUGGCUUUGGCAAUGCUGAUUAUUGACUUGCGGAUGAAGUCUUUCCUAGCAAUUCCCAAUCUGGUGAUCUUUGGAGUCCUUGCCUCUGUAUUAUUUUUUCCAUCUUUAAACAUACCAACCAAUCCAUUUGCCUUGGGAUGCUUUUUUAGCUGUUUAGUAACAGAUCCUUUUCUUGACAUUUACUUCAGUGGACUUUCAGUAACAGAACGUUGGAAACCUUAUUUAUAUCGUGGUAGAGUCUGCCGAAGGUUUUCAGUCAUUUUUGUCGGGCUUAUUGAACUUAUUUCUUUCAUUUUGUCAGCUCUUAAACUGGGUGAUUUGGAUCGUUGGUAUUUUGUGAUACCAGGUUUUUCUAUUUUUGGCAUUUUCUGGAUGGUCUGCCACAUAAUUUUUCUUAUAACUCUCUGGGGAUUUCAUACAAAGUUAAAUGACUGCCACAGAAUCUAUUAUACACACAGGGCAGAGAACAACAGCCUUGAUAGAGUCAUGGCAUCUAAAGGAAUGCGUCAUUUUUGUUUAAUUUCAGAGCGGCUUGUCUUUUUCAGCCUUAUUUCAACAGCUGUUUUGGGUGCUGUAUGUUGGCAGGAAUCCAAUGGAAUCUUCAUGAGUGUUUUUCUUAUUGUUUUGCCUCUUGAAUCCAUGGCUCAUGGCCUAUUUCAUGAACUGGGAAACUGUUUGGGAGGAACAUGUGUUGGCUAUGCAGUUGUGAUUCCUACAAAUUUCUGCAGUCCUGAUGGCCAACCAACAUUGCUUCCACCUGAACAUGUGCAGGAGCUAAAUUUGAGAUCAACAGGCAUGCUUAAUGCCAUUCAAAGGUUUUUUUCAUAUCAUAUGAUUGAGACGUAUGGCUGUGACUAUUCCACAAGUGGACUUUCUUUCGAUACUCUUCAUUCUAAGCUGAAAUCAUUUCUUGAACUUCGAACAUCUGAUGGACCCAGACAUGAUACCUAUGUGUUAUAUUACAGUGGCCACUCUCACAGCUCUGGGGAAUGGGCACUGGCAGGUGGCGAUACGCUACGUCUUGACACACUUCUUGAAUGGUGGAGGGAGAAGAAUGGUUCUUUCUGUUCACGACUUAUCAUAGUGUUGGACUGUGAGAACUCUCAGCCCUGGGUUAAAGAAGUAAGAAAAGUCAGCGACCAGUAUAUUGCAGUUCAAGGAGCAGAGCUGGCUAAAGUGGUAGACACAGAAGAAGCAGACCUUCCGCAUCUUGGUGAUUUUACUAGAGAAUGGGUAGAAUACAACUGUAAUCCUGACAGUGACAUCAGCUGGUUUGAAAAGGGACGCACGGUGAAAGCCAUCUAUGGAGUGUCAAAACGAUGGAGUGACUAUACUUUACACUUGCCAACUGAAAGUGAUGUUGCCAAACACUGGAUGAUGUAUUUCCCACGCAUCACCUACCCACUAGUUCACCUGGCAAACUGGUUCUGUGGUCUUAAUCUUUUCUGGAUCUGCAAAGUGUGUUUUCGGUGUUUGAAAAGAUUAAAAAUGAAUUGGUUUCUUCCCACAGUAUUGGACACAGGACAAGGCUUCAAACUUGUCAGAUCUUAAGAACCAAAGAUGACCAGAACUGUGAGCUCUUAGAUCUUGAAAACAUGACGAACUUGUAACUUUUAUUUGUAACAGAUUACUGUUUCAAAAAAAACAUUGCUACUUUUGUAGCUAUAUUCCAUUUGCUCAUUAUCCUGAGCAACUAUAAUAUUUGUGAAGGGUAAGAAACUUCCUUAAAUAACAGGGGCAGUAUAGUUACUGAUUAAAAACUGUUACUGAGCUGGAUCUGAAUGAUCUAAAAGCCAUUAAAUACACCCAUGCACUUGAGAGAAAGGUGUGUGCACUUGUUUGCUUUGGAGUGGUCUGGUCAGAAUAGCAAAAAUCACCUUAUUCUUCUUUUACUGUUAGACUGCCAUUCUGUAGACAGAUAUAGCCACAUCAGUCCUGAUUCCGGUGUAAAAGAGAGGAGCUGGCUUAUAGGCUCCUUUUGCCUUGGUGGAUUUCAAGGCUUUUUCAAAGGGCAAUAAACCAAAAUUAACCAGAGAACUCUGUCUAGUAGGAGGCUGUAAGGCUCAGCAGUCGAGUUCACACUAAGUGAAUGUAAGGUUAAUAGCUUUCUUUGAAGCUUCUACAUGUACCUAUGUCAAACCCCUGAUCCUGAACAUACACAUGUAGGAGUAAGCGUUACUGAUACAUUUAUUUCCAGGUGUCAUCAGGAUUUCAGCCUUGUUUUUUCAUUUUGGAAAUUGGUUACUAGUUUCAACAUAUGUAAUAUCCUUAAUUCAAAAGUAGGCAGCUCAUGAUUUGUAGAAUUCAAACAAAUGGACUUUGUAUCCAAUCAGUGCUGCCUUCUUCUUUGUUUAUUUGGUGGCAGCCAGAUUGUAUUGAAGCAAAUUAUCUUUACUGCAUAAGGGAAUAAAAGGAAUUUGAUUGUAGGGAAAAACAAUCUGAUUUUACCUCCUUUGGCUUCAGACUCUGGCCUUAAUCCUGCUAACUGUAAAGAUGAAUGUGGAAACAUGCCUACAACAUGAGCUAGAAAAUGUGCUAAUCUAAAACUGACAUUAAAGCACUGCAUCUUCCUUCUGAAUAUUUCCAGCUCUUAGAUUUUUAGACUGAUAGCUCCAUAACUAAAAGCUACCUAUAUUCAUGCACCUUUAGUUUUAGCAUUCUGCUCUAACCUAAAUUUAUAAUCACUGUUGCCCAUCCCAAACAGGCCUGAUACAGACAGGCCAAAAUAAAGCUGCUUCAGGUCAUUUUGGAGGUAUGGUGUUUCAAUGAUGCAUGAGUCCUAAGAGUCUGGAAGCUGCACCAAA